AUGGACAAAUUCAGAGAGAAACUUACUAGCAUUCACGCUGAGCUCGAUACUGCCACCAAGCGCGCAGAUGAUCUCGAUGAAAAGGUCAAGCUCCUCGAGGAAGAGCAUGAGCAGAAGGAUAACCAAGUGACUGAGUUGCAGAACCGUGUCAAGGUUCUUGAGGAACAGCUCGAGAAGGCUGAAGAUGACCUCAAAGAUACCACCAAAAACUACCGUGAGGCAGAUUUGCGUGUUGAGCAACUCGACAAGAAGGCAGUCAAGCUUGAGCAGGAGAUUAAGAUCUGGGACAAGAAGUGUGAUGAUAUUGAGGAGAAGUACUUGGCUUCCAAGGCAGAGAUGGAUGAGCUCGAAGGACAGUUGGAAGUUUAA